CGUAGUGACGUCACCGUCCAGUAAACAGGUGGUCACAACACGGAAGUGCUUGACUUGGCGGAAUAUUUACCCAUGUUUUUCACUUGAAGCAGCAUGGCAGCAACCGGCCAGGAAGAGCGGUUGGAGGAGCGGUUGGUGGAGGUGCUUUGUCACCAAGUGAAUGAAGACCUGCUCUACCUAUACUUUGAGAAUGCCAACCGAUCCGGGGGAGGUACCCUGACUUCUGUGACUUGUAAAGGAAAUUCCACGCUGCUGGAGUUUGCAGAUGCUGAAGCCGCAGCCCGGGUGCUUUCAAGAAGAUGUCACAGCCUGCAAGAUAUUGAGUUCAUUGUAAGAAAACCAGCCUCUAAAGACAAAUACAAGCUGUUGCUUAGAGGGGUCACUGUCACUUGCCCUCUUUGGACGGUAGAGUUGUAUCUUGAGAACAUGAUGGGGAUGUCAGCCUUUACUUUGUGUCUUUUGUCUACAAGUGACCUAAUCAUUGUUCACUUCCACCAACCGUUCACAGAAGAUUUACCGAAGCUCAAUGAGAAAAUGUCCAAACGUUCACUUCAAGGAGCUAAUUUGACACUUGAAGAGAUAGAGCAAACGGACUCGAUUUUGGUGGAGAAGCUGCAUCCCGGAACCACUUCACAGCAGCUCUUGAACUACUUCAAAACCCACCUAAAUGAUGGCCAUAGCAUCGUGCAAGUGUCACUACUCUCCGAGGAUUCUGCCACAGUGUCCUUUGUCAACUUUGAGAGCGUUGAUGCUGCCCUGAAUAUUCCACACCAGUCAGGUGACAUGGAUGUCUCCAUCAAGCCCUUCUACAGCUUUCUGCAACCAACAAAGGACAAAACGUCGCAGGACAUUCCAAUGGACCGUGGGUCUAAUGACAGCAUUGAAGAUUCAAAUGAGACUCUAAGUUCCUGUGUUGCACGCAGCGCUGAUGUGACAGUGUCUCACACGGUGACUGAGGCUGCCUCUGAAUCAGCAGAGUUAGCUGAAGAUGAAGUCUUGAUGCACCAAACAGCAGAUACAUGUCUGUUCUCAAGCCGCAUCUCUGUCACUGACUCAGUGAAGCUUUCCUUGUUGCAAACCAGCGGGCUUCUCCCAGAGAUCGAAAAGGCUAAUGCAGAUUGUGCAGUCCAGAUCAAGGAUGACGGCGUGCACAUCACUGGUCCUGCUGAACAACCAGUGAGGCAAAUGAAAGUGUCCAUUGUGGAACUUGUUGAAAAAAUGGCUGUGGUGAAUUUUGUCCUGGAGAAAGACAUGGCUGAUUUCUUAACUUUAGAAAAUGUUGAAGAACGCCUGCGUGGUAUCCAACUCCAAAAUGGAUGCCCUAUGAUCUACACCGUCUCCACGAACAAUGUGGCUCUAACAUCCCUGUCCCAGGAUAUGGCUGACCUGGCUGCUGGCUUUGUGAAAGCCCAGCUGUUUAAACUCAGCAUUCCAGUGAGCGAGACUUUACAGUACAUGUUCUCUUUAAGAGAGUGGCCGGAGUUCCUACAGACUCUCGACCUGUCUCUCGUGAAAGUCUCAGAAAUGGGUGACGCCAUCCACGUUGUCACUCUUAAAGAUCUGUCCGAUGAUAUUCAUGGGCUCAUCCAAAAGUUUUUGGCAACACCUGUCCAAAGAGAGGCUCACAUUUCAAUGGAUCCAUAUGUCUUGAUGUUCGUCCAGAACCAUUAUCAUCAACUGCUGGCCGACAUGGGCGAGGUCUCCAUCAUACCAAUAGAGGACAAAGACAUGUGCGGACUAAAGAUUUAUGGCCCUGUGUUGGCUUGUCAAAUGGCCGAAGAGGUCUUGCAGGGCGUCGUCUCUUCAGUCCUAACCAAGAAACUCAAGAUGCAUGCUCCUGGAAUAGUUCGCUUCUUUUAUGACACGGAGUGCAGCAAGUUAGUCGAGCAAAUGCAGCAAAAGUUCAGGGUCCUGAUCAGGUCAAAGCAGCAGCCAUGGACUCCUCCUCCUGAUCAGGACUUGUUUAAGGUGGCGUGGACAAAGAUGCCACCGAAAAACUUUCAAAGACACUGUUCACGUGAUACGACACCAUCAGACUUUUGCGUGCUCGACUACCCAAUGCUGGACUUAGAAGGAGAAGCUGUUUCUCAAGAGAGAGUAGACGAAGGGAACCUGGAGGAAGAGGCUCAGCUGUCACUUGCCAUCCAGUACUCUUUAGAGUCCGUGACAUCACCCAGUGAUGAAGAGGAGCAACUGAAGCAGGCCCUGGAGAUGUCCCGACAAAUGAUCCAGCAGGAAGUUGUUGUUGUUGCUGCUGCAGAAGCAUCAGCAGACACAAUUGAGAUCGAUGUAUUUGCGGAUUACCGCAUGGACUUGAUACGUGUGGACGUGGCUCUGGAUAAAAGGCUGGGUCAGAGAAAGGUGAAGGAGACACUGGAGAGGAAGAGCAGGCAGAAGUUAAGCGACUACCAGCAGCAGUGUCUGGACUUAAUCAUGCGGAAACAUGCAGUUGACAUCGAGACAGAGGGCAACAUGUUUAUCAUAUCCGGCUUCGUAGACUAUGUGAAUGAAGCAGUGAGCGAUGUGAGGCUGCUGAUCCAGAAGGAGUCCAGCCAUGCGUCGGACCAGACGACGCUGGAUAGUGUCGAGUGGGUGUGGCAUGACCCCAUCACCUUGAAGCAGAACCCGUACUCUUGUGACGCUGCGUUGUUAAUUGAAAAGUAUUACCAGAUGAAGUUGGAAAAACUUGAUAUCAUGUUUAACCAUCAACCGUACGUGCUGCACUUUGACACGAUGGAGGAGUACAACGUGACGACAGGAAAGUCGGUGAAAAUCUCACGCCGGCAGGAUUACGUGGGGAAAGUGACAGAAGAAGAGCAGGAUCAGAUGCUUGGACCACCAAAACUCGUCCGGCUGCCCUGCGACUCUGAGGAGUACAAGAGUGUGGUGGAGAGGUUCCUUCAGACAAGUUCACGGGAGAUCCAUGUGGUCCAGGUGGCGAAGUUUCAAAACAAUCUAUUGCACUGUCAGUACAAGCUGAAGAAGGCAAGUGUUCUGCUGCAAGCUGGGCAGGACAAGGUGGAGAGGACGCUGUACCAUGGCACCAGUGAAAGUGCGGUCAACGAGAUCCUCUUUCACGGGUUUAACAGAAGCUACAGCGGUAAAAAUGGCGCCGCUUACGGCAACGGAGUGUAUUUUGCCGUCAACUCCUCCCUGUCUCUGAAAAACACAUACUCAUCCCCAAAUCUGAGAGGACACAAGUUCAUCAUCGUUGCUAAGGUUCUGACCGGAGCCUUCACUUUGGGUGCGCUUGAUAUGAGGACCGCUCCACUGAAGAAGACAAGUGGGGCGUCAGACACGCCCAUCAGAUACGACAGUGUCACCGACAACCUGCUCACUCCAACACUGUUUGUCAUCUUUAACGACACUCAGGCUUAUCCGGAGUAUCUCAUCACCUGUGAGGAAAUCUCCAGCUAAUUUCUUCUCUGGCUUCAACAUGCCGACUCACACUUCUUGUCACUUUUAAAGCCGUAUUUUUCUCUAGAUCUUGCCAUAGGUCGUGUUUCAAAUCUGGCUGUUGGGAUGCUUCCUUUCUCGCUUGUGAGGCAAACAAAGGUGUGCUCUUUCAUCCAACUGAUUUUAUUUUGAAAAAAAUGGGAAGACCACAGGUAUUCAUAUUUUAUUAAGUGCUAUGUGAAAUGACAAAAAAAGCUGAGUGGAAUGCGGUUUCACUUUCUUUGAGUUUAAUCAUUCAAUCCUGUUUGUGGUGAGUCCCUGGACACCUGCAGCAGUUUAAAACUGUGUUUACUGCAUUUUCACUCGACGGGCUUGAAGGGCUUACCUCCAGCUGUUGGUUGUUUUAUGCUU